CUGGGUAGGUGGUUUAGCGGGAGCCUGGAGGACUGGCGCCAGUGUUGAUCGUCUCCAGAAGCAAUCAGAGACACGCAGAAAAAAUUGUUAAUGGUAAAUGAAAAAAAAGAAAAUGAAAAGAAAAGGAAAAAGAAAAAAAGAGGAGCAAGUGACGGGAACUCCGAAUGAACCCAAACCAGGAAGGCACGCCGGGCCGGGAUUUGCGCUCGCCUUCUCUUCUUUCCUGCCAUCUUUUAAAUCUCGCCGAUUCCCUCCUUGUUCCUCUCAAUCUUUUCUCUCUUCCUCUGCAACUACUAGUCAUCUGCUUCUCGCGUCUAUUUUCAUCGCUUGAUACCCUCUGUCGCGACGUCUGUUCGAUUGCUCCUCCUUGCGCUUUCAUCCAGCCACUCCAUCACAAUGAAGACCUUCUCCCUUUCCCUCGCCCUUUUGGCCGCGGCCAGCAUGGUCAGCGCCGAUGUCUCCGUCACCGACUGCGCUCAAAUGUGCGUCAACAACAUGAACAACAAGGCGUCUGAGCUGGGUUGCACCAGCGGCGACCUGUCUUGCCUGUGCAGCAAGGCCGACUACAGCUAUGGCAUCCGCGACUGCACUGCUCAGGCCUGCCCCAAUGACGACGCCAGCGCUGUUGUCUCGUCUGCUCUUGCUUCCUGCCCCACCACCAGUAUCGCAAACUCCGCUUCGGCUACCGGUGCUACUAGCACUGGCACUGGUGCUUCCGGUGCUGGCGCUUCCACGGGCUCUUCCGCGUCGGCCACCGGCAGUGACGCUUCGUCCGCUACUGGCAGUGGUACCUCCUCGGGCGCGACCAGCUCUGCCUCUGGAGCUACUACCAGCGGUGCUACCAGCGGUGCCACGACCGGCGCUACCACUUCUGGCGCUACCACUGAAGCGACCACUGGUGCUACCACCUCCGGCGCGACUACUCUGAGCACUGUCACCAGCACCAUCUCUAGCUCCUCUUCCUCCGAUUCUUCUUCCUCUAGCUCCACCUCCUCUGGCAACGGAUCCGGUUCCCAGACUGGCAGCUCUUCCAACGGCUCUGGCGACUCCUCCACCGCGACCGGAACUGCCCCCUCGUCCUCUGAGACCUCGACGGGCGCUGCUCCCAAGCUUGCUGUUGCCGGCAGCGGAGCCGUCGGAAUUCUCGGUCUGGCCGCUAUGUUCCUUCUCUAGAUGAUUGACGAUGCCCGGAUGAUGCGAUAGCCUGGAGGUUCCAUGGCGCCAAGCGGGCCCGUCAAGACCUGACUUGGAUUGUUUCACUAUCAUGCUUUACGACUUCUACGUUUCGAUUGCAGCUUGUAUAUGUUAAUAAGAUGGGUCAUACCAUAAUGGCUAGUAGAUAAUUUGCGCUGUCCAGGACCUGGUCGUGGAGCAGCAGCAUGG